AUGGCUCCGAUGUACGUCGUCAAGAGGGAUGGGCAGAGUCAAGAAGUGAAGUUUGACGCCAUCACUCGGCGCAUUCAAACUCUUUGCGAUGGCUUGGAUUCCCGUUUCGUCGACCCUGUGCCUGUCACCCAAAAAGUGGUCGAAGGUUUCUACAACGGCAUCUCCACGUCCGAGGUGGACACCCUGGCAGCCGAGACCUGCGCGUACAUGUCGCAAAAGCACCCCGACUUCUCCACCUUGGCGGCACGCAUUGCGGUGUCGAACCUGCACAAGAACACAUCGAGUUCCUUCUACGAGACGUGCAAGAUCCUGCACAGCUACGUGGAUAAGCAGGGCAGGCCCGCGGCUCUGCUAGCAGACGACGUCUGGGAGUUCAUUUGUGCCAAUGCAGAGGCCUUGGACCAAGCCAUCGACUACAAGAGAGACCUGGGCUACGACUAUUUCGGGUUCAAGACCCUGGAGAAGUCUUACCUCUUGCGCGUGCGCGGGAAGAUCGUGGAGAGGCCGCAGCACAUGAUCAUGCGAGCGGCUUGCGGCAUCCACCUGGGGGACCUGUCGGCCGCAUUGGAGACGUACGACUUGAUGUCGCGGAAGUUCUUUACGCAUGCGACACCGACCCUCUUCAAUGCGGGCACCCCCAAGCCGCAGAUGUCAUCCUGCUUCCUGCUGAAGAUGCAGGAGGACAGCAUCGAAGGAAUCUACGACACCCUGAGCCCAGAUUCGAAGCAGUGCGCCUCCAUCUCCAAGUCCGCGGGCGGCAUCGGCGUGGCGAUCUCGAAUGUGCGUGCCGGCGGAUCAUACAUUCGCGGCACCAAUGGCCACAGCAACGGCCUCGUGCCCAUGCUCCGGAACUUCAACGAGACGGCGAGGUAUGUCGAUCAGGGUGGAGGAAAGAGGAAGGGCUCGUUUGCUAUGUACCUGGAACCUUGGCACGCUGAUGUCUUCGACUUCUUGGAGCUGCGGAAGAAUCACGGCAAGGAGGAGCAGCGUGCCCGAGAUCUCUUCUACGGGCUCUGGAUUCCGGAUCUCUUCAUGACCCGGGUCAAGGACAACCUGGAUUGGACUCUCUUCUGCCCAAACGAGGCCUACGACGAGAAGAGUGGCAAGGGACUGAUGGAUGUAUGGGGCGAGGAGUUCGAGGAACUGUACAUACGCCUGGAGAGGGAGGGCAAGGGCCGCAAGGUGGUCAAGGCACAGCAGCUUUGGUUCCGCAUCCUUGAGUCGCAGAUGGAGACCGGCACCCCUUACAUGCUGUACAAGGAUCACGCGAACCGCAAGUCCAACCAGCAGAACCUCGGCACAAUCCACUGCUCCAACCUUUGUACCGAAAUCAUUGAGUACACUGCGAAGGAUGAGGUGGCAGUGUGCAACCUGGCCUCCAUCUCCUUGCCUGCCUUUGCCAGCUGUGAGGGGUCCUAUGACUUCGAGCAGCUGUACCAGGUAACCAAGGUGGCAACCCGCAACCUGAACAAAGUCAUCGACCGGAACUACUAUCCGGUGCCGGAGGCCCGAAAGUCCAACCUCCGGCAUCGGCCCGUAGGCUUGGGCGUGCAGGGUCUUGCAGAUGCAUUCCUCAUCAUGAAGCUGCCUUUCGAGAGCGAGGCGGCGAAGCAACUCAAUGAGGACAUCUUCGAGACCAUUUACUUCGCAGCUUGCGAGGCCUCGUGUGAACUGGCUGAGACGUUCGGCUCCUACGAGACAUACGAAGGUAGCCCUGCCAGCAAAGGCCUGCUGCAGUUCGACCUGUGGGAUCGCCAGCCGCGCAGUGGGCGCUGGGACUGGACGGGCCUGAAAGCACGGAUCGGCCGAUACGGGCUCCGGAACUCCUUGCUAGUGGCACCCAUGCCCACGGCCAGCACAGCACAGAUUUUGGGCAACAACGAGUCCUUCGAGCCUUACACGCAGAACCUCUACGUUCGCCGGGUGCUUUCGGGGGAGUUUGUGCAAGUGAAUCGCCACCUGCUCAAAGAUCUCAUCCAGCGCGGCUUAUGGAACGAGGAACUCCGUGUGCAGCUGAUCGCGCAGAACGGCAGUGUGCAAAGAUUGGACCUGCCACAGGAUCUCAAAGAGCUGUACAAGACCGUUUGGGAGAUCAGGCAGAAGGUUGUCCUAGACAUGGCUGGUGACCGUGGUGUCUACAUCGAUCAGUCGCAGUCGCUGAACAUUCACAUGACGGAUGUGACCACUGCCAAGCUCUCAUCCAUGCACUUCCACGGCUGGCAGCUAGGCUUGAAAACAGGCCUUUACUACCUUCGAACGAAGGCAGCUGCUGAUGCGAUCAAGUUCACUGUGGAUGUUAAGAAGCUGACGAAGACGGCCAAGUCUGAGAAGUCCGUGGCCUCUGACUCAGAUGCCUCCACGGCUACAUCUGCGACGAAAGGCUUGGAGGCCUCCGCGAUCGAAGCACUUAAGGCGGAAGGGCCGAAGUACAGCUGCGUAAAUUGCAGCGCAUGA